GAAAAAAGCUUUUACGAGGUAUCAGCACUUUUCUUUCAUUAGGGGGUAGGAGUGAGGAAAGUACCAAACAGCAGCAGACUUUUAAACUUGAAACAGACAGGUCUGAGUGCCUGGACUUGCUUUUUCCUUUUACUUCAUCCUCUAAGAAGUUCAAUCACUUGGCGUGCCUACUUAAGAGAAAGAGCUCCUCCCAGGCACCAUGGGAGACUGGAGUGCCUUAGGCAAACUCCUUGACAAAGUCCAAGCCUAUUCCACGGCAGGAGGGAAGGUAUGGCUAUCAGUCCUUUUCAUUUUUCGAAUCCUGCUCCUGGGAACAGCCGUGGAGUCCGCGUGGGGUGAUGAGCAGUCCGCCUUCCGUUGUAACACUCAACAGCCUGGUUGUGAGAACGUCUGCUAUGACAAGUCCUUCCCAAUCUCUCACGUGCGCUUCUGGGUGCUGCAGAUCAUUUUUGUGUCUGUCCCGACGCUUCUGUACUUGGCUCACGUCUUCUAUGUGAUGCGCAAAGAAGAGAAACUCAACAAGAAAGAGGAGGAGCUCAAAGUCGCCCAAACGGACGGAGUCAACGUGGAAAUGCACUUGAAGCAGAUUGAGAUCAAGAAGUUCAAGUAUGGCAUUGAAGAGCACGGCAAGGUGAAGAUGCGCGGAGGCCUGCUGCGCACCUACAUCAUCAGCAUCCUCUUCAAGUCGGUCUUCGAGGUGGCCUUCCUGCUGAUCCAGUGGUACAUCUACGGCUUCAGCCUGAGUGCCGUCUACACUUGCAAAAGAGCACCCUGCCCGCAUCAGGUGGACUGCUUCCUCUCGCGCCCCACGGAGAAGACCAUUUUCAUCAUCUUUAUGCUCGUGGUGUCCCUGGUGUCUCUCGCCUUGAACAUCAUCGAGCUUUUCUACGUCUUCUUCAAGGGUGUGAAGGAUCGCGUGAAGGGAAAAACCGAUAUCUAUCACGCCUCCACUGGCCCGCUGAGCCCCUCCAAAGACUGUGGAUCUCCCAAAUACGCUUAUUUCAACGGCUGCUCCUCACCCACGGCUCCCCUUUCGCCCAUGUCUCCUCCUGGCUACAAGCUGGUUACUGGAGACAGAAACAAUUCUUCCUGCCGCAAUUACAACAAACAAGCAAGUGAGCAAAAUUGGGCUAAUUACAGUGCAGAGCAAAAUCGAAUGGGGCAGGCCGGAAGCACCAUCUCUAACUCCCACGCGCAGCCUUUUGAUUUCCCUGAUGAUAACCAGAAUUCUAAGAAACUAGCUGCUGGGCAUGAACUCCAACCUUUAGCCCUCGUGGACCAGCGGCCUGCCAGCAGAGCCAGUAGUCGAGCCAGUAGCCGUCCUCGACCUGAUGACCUGGAAAUCUAGACCCAGGCCCAAGAGCAUCAAGAUUCCACUGAAUUGUGGAGAAGAAAAGGGUGCUGUAGAAAGUGCACCUUAGGUGUUCGUCUUGUUCCAAGUGGAGGUGGUACUCAACAGCCUUCAUCAGGAGGCUUAGAAAACACAAAGACAAUAGAAUACUUGGGUUCCUUGGGGGUGUUUGGGAUAGGUGGGUGGAGGGGGCGGGGUUAGGGGCGCUAAAUGUUGGUAUUUAAUGUAGUUGAUUCAAAGGACCUAAGUUCUAAAUAAAAGUUGCAUUAGGUGAUACAUAGGUAAGGGCUUUUUUUCUUCUCCCCCCCCCUCCAAUUCUAUCCUUACCCCUAAAAAUAGUUCUUUUUAUGUGAAAGAAUGGGUGAGAUAUGUGGUUAAAUCUACUUCCUUUUUAAUCAAGACACGGAAUAACUUUGGCCAGGAAACAGUGCUUCCUGAGCAUCUUUGGUCUGGGGUGUUGUGGCUUUUGUUUUUGUUUUUGUUUUUAACAUGAAGAAAAAAAGACAGGACUGUCCUUAUGUCCCUGCUAAGACAUUCCAUUGUAAAAGUUUGCACUUUGAAGGCGAGCUUUCCAGGCCUGACCCUCUAGGUGGCAAUGAACAUAUGCUACUACUUUUUAAAAUCUUGGUUAUCAGUUGAAAGUUCUGACAAGGCCCACAGAAAAAAGAUUUUCCUUAAGUUUUUGAAUCUCAGCAGUUUUGUUUUGUUUUUACAUCCACUUGCAUCCUAUUACUGCCAUCACUCUUCCAUCAUUCCUCAACUACUAUUUACAUUCAUCAAAUGGUUUCUAUAAACAUUUUUUAAAUGGUUGGGAUGUCACUUAACAUUUUGAGUUAGUCAGGGAAGUGCAAGCCAUGCUCAAUAUUUAAUAAUCACUUGUACGUGUAUGUGUGUGAAGGGUGUAUUUUAUGUCAUGUAUUGGUACAGUGUAAACUCACAGAUUUGAAAAUAAUGCACACACAGUGUUCAAAUUUGAACUUUUCUCAUGGAUUUUGUGGUGUGGGCCAAUAAAUGGUGUUUACAUUAUGUAAUUCCUGCUGUGCAAGUAAAGCACAUUUUUUUUUCCUAAAUUGUUUUUGCCCCAUGUAUCCUAUUAUGGAUACUGGUUUUAUUAAUCUUUUUUCUUUUUUCAUUUUUAGAAUAUAGCAAUAAUGCUAUUGCUGAAACGAAUGAUUUCCUUUAUGAAAUGUAAUCAUUGAUGCUUGAAUGAUAGAAUUUUAGUACUGUAAACAGGCUUUAGUAAUUAAUGUGAGACUUAGAAGAAAUGCUUAGAAUGGAAUAUUACAUGUGCCUAAAUGAAUUUUUGCAGCAACUGGUAUUCUUGUUUUGUCCUACUUAAUACACAGUAAUUCAGAAUUCAUAUUUUAUUAAGAGUUGACAGUCUUGGGGUGACCAGCAAAUUUGAUGUUUGCACUAAGAUUUUUAUUUGGCAUGCAAGAGAGGUUGAAAGAGGUUUCAGUAGUACACACAUAACUAAUUUAUUUGAAAUAUAUGCUAAAGAAAUUUACCAGUUUCUUCAAAUGCCUUUUUUAAACUCAUCACAGAUGAUUAGUGAAAAUAUAGUGUCAUACUUUUCUUUUUGCAUGUCAGCUACAUAAACAGUUUUGUACCCUGAGAAAUACUAAUUUGUUUGACAUUCCAUGUUAAACUACUGUCAUGUUCGGCUUCAUUGCAUGUAAUGUAGACCUAGUCCAUCAAAUCAUGAGUUCUGGAGAGUGUUCUUUAUUCAAUAAAAUUUUAAUUUAGUAUAAAAAUA